AUGGCCGAAUCUACCAGCUCGUCCACAGCUGUCCCUGUCAAAGGGAAAGGCCCACGGAAUCGUUCUACUAGGCCCAACUACAGGCAUAUUCAUCGCUUCCCUCUCCCUGUCACUAUCCACCCUGUUCCUCCUGUAAUUCCUCAUAAUCCUCUUUCUCUCAUUAGUGUUGCCCUCUCGUAUCUAUCUUUUUUGAUCUCCCCUCCUCGCCAAGAAGUUUACAGUGCAUACUUUGACCUGGCUACCUCUUCCGUACAUGUUACAGAUGAGAAAGCAAUCAAGGCUUUGUGGCAGAUGGGAUUCUUCGGCAAGGGUAAUCUGAGUCGAAGUGAGCCCAGCUGGCUGGAGCGUGAGAAGAAAAGGAGAGGUCUCCUGGGUGGGAGCACUAGUGAGGAGGCUACAAGGAAGCGCAGAACAGAGCGUCGGGAAUUGAAGCUCGAGCGCGCAAGGGUGGAAAGGCUGAUGGUCGAAGAGAGACUUAAAGCUGAAGCCGCAGCUAGAGAGUCCGGCGCUUCGUCUUCAGUGUCCGCUGAUGCCUUGCCUGCUGCACCUAUCUCGGUAGAAAAGUUCUCAGUCAAGAAGGCCAUGGAGGCCAAAUACCAAAGAAAUCGGCAAGCGGCGAUGCAGAACGGCAAUGCAAACCCGCCUACUACUGAUGAGACCAACGCAUCCAAUGAAAAAUCCGUGCGGUUUUCGCCUGCCGUCCAGGAGAAAGAAUCGACCAGACCUGUUGACGAUGAUGCCGAUCUCGACAUGGACUUUGAUAAUGAAGAGCAUCUCCAGAUCUCAAAUGAAGAGACAUUCUUCUUGGUCUAUGGCCUCGGCACUUUGCGAGUCGUUGAUCGCGAGACCAAUGCCGUUAUUCCGACUUCCACCCUCUUCUCCCUCCUAUGCAACCACUCCCACUACCCGCCGCGCCUUCCCUCCUCCGAUAUGCAACCCGACGACCCCUUCCUGAUUUCAUAUUCGGUAUAUCACCACUUCCGAUCCCUCGGGUGGGUGGUCCGAUCUGGCGUGAAGUUCGGAACAGACUACCUCCUUUACAACCGAGGCCCGGUGUUCUCUCACGCCGAGUUCGGCGUUAUAAUUGUUCCCUCGUAUGAGGAUCCCUACUGGUCAGAGACUCAAGAGCGCAGAGACCAUGUGGCUCAAAAACAGGAUCGAAGUUGGUGGUGGCUGCAUUGUGUGAACCGCGUCCAGGCUCAAGUGAAGAAGAGCUUAGUAAUUGUCUAUGUUCAAGUGCCACCACCCCCAUCAUCCUUUGACGAUAUCGGGACUGUUCUUGGUCGCUACCGAGUCCGCGAAUUUCUCCUACGACGAUGGAUUCCUAAUCGGAGCCGUGAUUAG